GUACUGAUGACGUCGUUGAGUGCUGCUGACGAUGCUGAGAGGUUUUCAAGAUGGCAAAAAAAGGUUCGGUUGUUAAAUCGUCUCAAAACGAAGAUAAUAAUAAAGCAAAUGACGAUACAGUGAAUGAUGAUGAAGAACCAAACUUCAGUGAUGCCGAGGACUAUGAGGAUGAUAUUACCGAUGAAGAACUUCUCGGGGAUAUCCUGAGUACAAAACCGUCCGAAACAGAUGGUGUAGAGUCUGUGAUUGUGGUCGAUGGUGUUCCUCAGGUCGAGCCAAGUCGGCAGGAGAAGCUCACGGUCGUCAUUGAGAAAAUAUUUUCGAAGCAUGGCACUAUCGUGAAUAAAUGGUUUCCUGUCAACGAAACUGGUGUAACUAAAGGAUACAUCUUUCUCGAAUUUGAGAAUCCACAUCAGGCAAUGGUAGCUGUGGCUAAAGAGAAUAAUUUCAAAAUCGAUAAACUCCACACUUUCAAGACAAAUUUAUUCACCGAUUUUAAGAAAUUUGAAGAUAUCGCUAAGGAUUGGGAACCACCGACGUCACAACCAUUCAAAGGUGCUGGAGAUUUACAUUCUUUUCUACUCGAUCAAGAUGCGUAUGAUCAAUUCUCCGUUUUGUCCGGAAACAGUUCUGCAGUUGCUGUUCAAAUCUGGCAAAAUUCAGCACCUGAACCCACAUUAUUGGAAGAGCGAACGAGAUGGACGGAAACUUAUAUAAAAUGGUCUCAAAUGGGAACCUACUUAGUCACCUUCCACAAACUUGGAGUUGCCCUUUGGGGUGGUCCAGGAUUUACGCAACAGGCAAGAUUCAGUCAACGUGGCGUCGAGUGUGUUGAUUUUUCACCAUGUGAAAAGUACCUCGUCACUUAUACACCACGCUCAGAUGGAAGUCCAGAUCAGAAGCGAAUUGUCAUUUGGGAUAUUUUCACUGGCCAGGAGAAACGAUCCUUCUGCUUGGAAGCCACUUCAAUUUGGCCUCUAUUCCGUUGGUCGCAUAAUGAUAAAUAUUUUGCGUGCAUUGGCGAAGAUCUUUUGAGCGUCUACGAAACUCCAUCAUUUGGAUUGCUAGACAAGAAGAGUUUCAAAAUUGAUGGUAUUCAAGAUUUCGGUUGGUCCCCAACAGACAAUAUUCUCGCUUUCUGGCGUCCGGAAGACAAAAAUAAUCCCGCUCGUGUCACCCUCUUGGAAAUUCCAAGCCGUAACGAAAUUCGUUACAAGAAUUUGUUUAAUGUCGCUGAAUGUAAGAUAUUCUGGCAAAAAUCUGGUGAUUAUCUCUGCGUGAAAUGCGAUCGUUUCGCUAAACGUAAGGAAAAAACGGAGCAAAAAUACAGUGGAAUGUCGUACAAUUUCGAAAUCUUCCAUAUGAGAGAGAAGGAGAUUCCCGUCGACAGUGUGGAGAUUAAAGAACCAAUUCACGCGUUCGCUUGGGAACCCGUAGGUUGUAAAUUUGCCAUCAUUCACGGAGAAGUGCCAACUGUUAGCGUCAGCUUCUACGAGGUUCGAUUCGGACACCAACCAGCACUUUUGAAAAAACUCGAGAAGAAAGCUUGCAAUCAUCUCUUCUGGUCCCCUGCUGGUCAAUUCAUUGUUCUCGCUGGUUUAACAUCAAUGUCGGGUGCUUUAGAAUUCAUCGAUACGAAUGAUUUCACAGUAAUGAACUCCACAGAUCAUUAUCAAACUUCCGAUGUCGAAUGGGAUCCCACUGGACGCUAUGUCGUGACAGCUGUUUCAAGUUGGAAAACAAGUGUUGAUAACGGAUAUUGGAUUUGGACAUUCCAAGGACGUAUCCUAAAGAGAAUCAAUCUCAAUGGUUUCAAUCAACUCUUGUGGCGUCCACGACCACCGUCACUUUUGUCAGCUGAACAAAUCAAAGAGAUUAGAAAGAAUCUUAAGAAAUAUUCGUCUCAAUUCGAGAGCAAAGAUCGAAUGCGACUCACACGCGCUUCGAAGGAAUUAAUCGAGAAGCGUUGCUCAUUGAUGAAGGCCUUUGAGGAAUAUCGCAAUAAACGAAUUGAGGAAUGGAAUACCCAGAAGAAGAGGCGAAUGGAAUUACGUACCCACAUCGACACGGAUGAAUUGGAUUCAGAUACAAAGAAUGUGGAGGAAGAAAUUGUAGAAUUUUUCGUAAAGGAAGAAAGUUUUAUCAUUGACGACAAAUAAAACUGUGCAGGAAAAUUAGAAUCUUACUUGCCCUUAUUUGGAAACCUCCAGAGAAUUUUCAAGAGCCAGUGUGUCACUUCUAAAAAAAAAGAGAAAAAAUUCCAAAAUUACUCUUUUUAAAGGAGUGUGGGAUUUUUUAUCUCCAAAAAAGAAAAAAAAUUACCGUUAAAUUAAUCAACAAUAAGAAUGUUGAUUAUUUACGGUAAUGGACAAGUAAUUUCAUUUCAUUAUUAUUGCAAAUAUAAAUUCACUCUUUUAUACAUUAAUUUUUUCAGUAGACGCAAUCGUAACUGCAUUAAAUUUUAUGAAUUUUACCACAUUCCUUACAGGAUAUUUUUUUUCUUUUUGAAAAAUGAAUACCAUGAAAUGUUUAUCAUGCAAAUUUUUUUAAAUUAUUUAACUGACGUCUAUGAAAAUAAAAGUCAUAUGUAUAAAAAGAA